AUGACUGGACGCGGCGGCGGUGGUGCCCGCAAAACUCUGCUCGCGCCGAUCCAUUUCAUUUUCAGUCUGUUGCAAAAGCGCUCUACGGUCUCCAUUUGGCUCUACGAGAAUUUGCGCACGCGCAUCGAGGGAAAGAUCAGGGGCUUUGACGAAUUCAUGAACCUGGUGAUUGAUGAUGCGGUCGAGGUACAACUAGCUACGAGAGAUACCCCAGAAAAGAGGAGGCAGCUGGGUAUGACUUGGAUUGAGCUUCUCGAGCUAGGGCUGCGGCUGAUAACUUCUAGGACAGAUCCUAUUGAAGGGCGACAAUGUCUCGUUGAUUCAGUCUCUGGACUAGAGUGA